AUGGCAGACCCAGGCAACGCGGCAACGGGCACCGCACCCACAGCAGCAGCCGUCGCAGGUCAAGUCUCUGCCCCGAACGCAGUCGCACCUCCUCCCACCCACCCUUCCACCGCCGAACACGCGACUCACCUCGAGGCGGGCACAUCGGAUGCAGCGGGACAGACACACAAGACGCACGACGGACUGGCCAAGACCGCAGACGUCGAAUCGGCGCCCGUCGCACCCACACCGGACCAUCCGUCGACGGGUUCUUCCUCACCGUCGACCAACAUCGAGCACACUCCGCCUUCGACGAGCGCGGGCGGGUUGGGCGACGUGAGUGAGAAGACGACGACGAGGGGCAGCGAGUCGAUCGACGAGAAGGUCACGGCCGCACUCGAGUUGGAGAAGGAGCGCGACGAGCGGGCGAAGGGAGGAGCGGCGGGAGGCAUCGACGGCGAGGGCAAGGGUGCCAAGGGCAAGAAGGACAAGAAGAGCAAGAAGGCCAAGGUCGACAAGCGCAGCCCGCUCGAGAUCGCGCUCGACAACCCCGAACUCGCGCACCUCUCGCCAGAGUACCGCCAGGUCAUCGCAGAGCAGAUUCAAGUCCUGAAGCGCCCACCCGCGACGUUCGGCGACCUCUUCCGCUUCACGACCAAAUUCGAGCUCCUCCUGAACGGAAUCGGCCUGAUCUGUGCCAUCCUCGCUGGAGUCGCUCAGCCGGCCAUGACCAUCCUCUUCGGCAACCUCACCACUUCUUUCACCGACUAUGGAAGGAUCCUGCUUUCUCCUCCGUCCGACCAGGCCACCUUUGCGCGCGAACUUGCGGCUGCGCGAACACAUCUCUUCCACGAGGUCAACAAGGACGUUCUCGUACUCGUCUACAUCGGUAUCGGUUCCUUCGUCGCCACCUGGAUCUACAUGGCGACCUGGAUCUACACAGGCGAGAAAGCAACACGAAGGAUCCGCGAGAAGUACCUCCAGGCGGUGUUGAGGCAGAACAUUGCGUUCUUCGACAGGAUGGGGCCGGGAGAGGUCACGACCCGUAUCGAGACCGACACGCACUUGAUCCAGGAGGGCAUCAGCGACAAGAUCGCCAUCUCGGUGUUCUUCAUCGCCAUCUUCAUCUCAGGUUUCGUCAUCGCCAUCAUCCGCAAUUGGCGUCUCGCACUCGUCGUCAGUACCAUCAUCCCGUGUAUCGCAAUCGCCGGAGGCAUGAUGAACAAGUACAUGUCAGCCUACAAGCAAAACCAACUCGAGGCGACCGCCCAGGGUGCCACACUCGCCGAAGAAGUCCUCUCCUCCAUCCGUUCCGUCCAUGCGUUCGGGAACCAGAAGCGCUUGGCGGCGAUGUAUGACGAGCCGAAUCAGAAGACGCUGAGGGAGGGGUUGAAGAGUGCGUUGUUCAACGGCGGAGGACUGGCUGUGUUUUUCUUCAUCAUCUACAGUAGCUACGGCCUGGCGUUCUACUACGGUACUACGCUCAUCAUCCAAGGGCGCGCUACGUCAGGCGCCGUGGUCAACGUGUUCUUCUCUGUGCUCAUUGGCGCCUUCUCGCUCGCCCAGCUCGCGCCGAACCUCCAAGCCGUCUCUUUCGCUCGCGGCGCAGCAACCGAGAUCUUCUCGACGAUCGACCGCGUUCCGUCUAUCGACUCGUCGUCCGAGGCGGGUCUCAAGCCCGAAAACGUUGACGGCCUCAUCGAGCUCGAGGGGAUCGACUUCUUCUAUCCCUCGCGUCCUGCCGUUCAGGUCCUCUACAACUUCAACGGCGUCUUCCCACCUGGCAAGACGACCGCGCUCGUCGGCGGAUCCGGCUCGGGAAAAUCGACUUGCGUCGGCCUCAUCGAGCGCUUCUACGAUCCCGUCGCUGGCUCAGUCAAGCUCGACGGCGUACCGAUCAAGGACCUCAACCUCAAGUGGCUGCGCAACCAGAUCGGUCUCGUCAGCCAGGAACCUGUCCUCUUCGCGACAACCAUCGCGGGGAACGUCGAGCAUGGCCUGAUCGGUUCGCGCUUCGAGCACGAGUCGCCGGAGCAGAAGAGGCAGCGAGUCGUUGAUGCGUGUCGAUUGGCGAAUGCGGAUGGGUUCAUCAGCCAGCUGCCGAACGGGUAUGAGACGCAGAUUGGCGAGAGGGGGAUGCUCCUCUCUGGUGGUCAGAAGCAACGCAUCGCGAUUGCUCGCGCCAUCGUCUCCGAUCCGAAGAUCCUCCUUCUCGACGAAGCCACCUCGGCCCUCGACACGCAGUCCGAAGGUAUCGUCCAGGACGCCCUCGACCGCGCCUCGCUCGGCAGGACCACCAUCUCGAUCGCUCACCGUCUCUCGACCAUCAAGGGCGCAGACCAGAUCAUCGUUCUCACCGCCGGCCACAUCCUCGAGUCCGCCAUGUCGACCGACACCGAACGCGCGCACGACAUCCUCCUCAAGAAGCCCGACGGCGCCUACACCAAGCUCGUCAACGCUCAGCGCCUUCGGGAGCAGAAGGAGGCCGAAGAUGCACCUCUCGACUCGAGCUCGGUCGACUCCACGGACGAGCAGACGGCACUUCCAGGCGAGCUGACCCGCGCCCAGAUCGACGAGAUGGCCCGCAACGAGAAGCCGCAGUUCGAGAACCUCAAGCGCACCGGUACCGGACGCAGUCUCGCCUCGCAGGCUAUCGAGCGCCAGCAACUCGACCUCGAAGCCGGCCAACAGCGCGGCCGCCACCUCGGCCUGCCCUACCUCUGCUACCGCAUGUUCAAGCUCAACCGCGACCAGUGGAAGCAGUACAUCGUCGCCUUCGUCGCCGCCAUUGCCUGUGGAUGCGUCUACCCGGUCUUUGGUAUCGUCUUCGGCGGCACGAUCGGCGUCUUCCAGGAGACGGACGCAGCCAAGCUUCGCUCGGGCGGAGACCGUCAUGCGUUGUACUGUUUCAUCAUCGCCCUCGUCUCGACGCUCGCCAUCUUCCUGCAAGCAUGGCUCUAUGGCUCGACCGCUGAGCGCCUCUCCGCCAAGAUCCGCCUGCAGACGUUCUCCGCCGAACUCCGCCAGGACAUCGCCUACUUCGACCGCGACGAGAACAGCACCGGCAAGCUGACGAACCAGAUCAGCGACCUCGCGACGAAGAUCUACGGCCUGUUCGGUGUCACGCAGGGCGUCAUUAUCCAGUCGGUCUUCACCCUCAUCUCGGGCGCCAUCAUCGGUCUGAUCUACAGCUGGCGUGUCGCGCUUGUCGGUAUCGCCUGCAUGCCGCUCACCCUUUCGGCAGGCAUCGUUCGUCUCAAGGUCGUCGUGCUCAAGGACCAGAAGAACAAGAAGAGUCACGAGGGGUCGGCGCAGAUGGCUUGCGAGGCCGCGGCGAGCAUCCGGACGGUUGCUUCGCUCACUCGCGAGGCGGACUGCACCGCGAUCUACUCGCGCCAGCUCGAGGAGCCGAUGCGCGUCUCGAACCGCAUCGCCAUCUACUCGAACGCCCUCUACUCGCUCUCGCAGGCUCUCAGCUUCUUCGUCAUCGGUCUCAUCUUCUGGUUCGGCUCCCACCAGAUGGUCGACAAGGGUCUCUCGACAAGCGCCUUCUUCGUCGCCCAGAUCAGCGUCGUCUUUGCGAGUAUCCAGGCCGGCAACGUCUUCUCAUUCGUCCCCGACAUGAGUUCCGCACGAGGCGCAGCAGCCGAUUUCGUCAAGCUCGCCGACUCGGUCCCCGACAUCGACGCCGAAGACCCGAAUGGCGAGCAGUUCGACCUCGCUACCGCUGAAGGACACAUUCGGUUCGAGAAGGUCCACUUCCGGUACCCGACUCGCCUCAAGGUGCCGGUCCUUCGAGGUCUCGACUUCGAGGUCCUCCCUGGCCAGUUUGUCGCGUUCUGCGGAGCUUCGGGAUGCGGCAAGAGUACGACAACCCAGCUUCUCUUGCGAUUCUACGACACCCUCGCCGGCCGAGUCAUCGUCGACGGCAAGGACAUCAGCACCUUGAACGUGCAGAGCUACCGCCGCGCCAUCGCCCUCGUCUCGCAGGAGCCGACUCUCUACGCCGGCACGAUCAAGCACAACGUCGCCCUCGGCGCCUUCGUCCCGCCCGAGCAGGUCUCGCAGGAGGAGAUCGAGGCUGCUUGCAAGAGCGCAAACAUCCACGACUUCAUCAUGGGCUUGCCUGACGCUUACAACACCGAGGUCGGCGGCAAGGGAGCGCAGCUCUCGGGCGGUCAGAAGCAGCGCAUCGCCAUCGCUCGCGCCUUGAUCCGCAACCCCAAGAUCUUGCUUCUCGACGAAGCUACUUCGGCGCUUGACUCGGAGUCGGAGAAGGUCGUCCAGCGCGCGCUCGACGAAGCCGCCAAGAACCGCACGACCAUCGCCAUCGCCCACCGUCUCUCGACCAUUCAGAAUGCCGACUGCAUCUUUGUGCUCAAGGACGGCGUCAUCGCCGAGCGCGGGACGCACGACGAGUUGCUGAGCAAGCGAGGGCUCUACUACGAGCUCGUCGCGCAGCAAUCGCUCGAGAAGGCCCACUGA